AAGAACUGUGGUGUAAACAAAAAGUUGACUGGAUGUAUGUGACGACAUUUGACGUGGACAAAAUUGAUCUACGCAUGCGUGUUGGAAGUCACACGUGAAGGAGGCAGCAUGGCGGAGCAACAGGGAAAGUUACAACUGGACCAAGCCCAGGUGAAGUCAGCUGUGUUGGCGCUUCAGGCCUUCCUCAAAAGCAAAUCGGCUUCAGAAAGCUUACUUCUGAACGAGAGUCAGCAUAUUUCUCUUAUGUUUACACUAUGGAAGAUCCCAAGGAAAGAACAGACCAUUCGCAUUCCCUUACCACAUGGCAUCCGCACAGAGAACGGUGAGGUGUGCCUCUUCACAAGAGAUGAACCCAACAUGACCUCAGACCAGACGGAGAGGUUUUACAAGAAGCUGCUCACAGAGCGGGGAGUCAAGAAUGUCACAGAGGUGAUGCCUUUUAAGGUGUUAAAGACAGAAUACAAAGCCUUUGAAGCCAAAAGAAGGCUGCUUGGCAACUAUGACCUCUUUCUGUCUGAUGCGCGCGUUCGCCGUCUCCUGCCCUCUCAAAUUGGGAAACAUUUCUAUGAAUCGAAGAAAGCUCCGUUGUCAGUGGACCUGCAGGCUAAGAACCUGGGCCAGAUCAUGGACCGUCUCAUCCAGGGCACCACAAUGACCGUUGGCAAGAAAGGCCCGUGCUGUAUGUCCCGCGUAGCCAACUCAGGCAUGACGACUGAGGAGAUUGUGGAGAAUGUCGUUGCUGCAGUUGACACCAUCACCUCCAAACUGGACAUGGUGGAGAAAGACAAAAUGAUCAAAAUCAUCCACCUGAAGAGCCAGACCUCCGUAGCGCUACCCAUCUACACCUCAGACCUGACUCACCUUGCCCUGGUGGAGGAGGUGCGGAAGAAGGCCUUUGAUGAAAAGAAGAAGUCCAAGAAGAGAAAAGCCCCAGCAGAGAAUACGGAUACGAAAGACGGCGAAGAUGGAAACCCGGAAAAGGAAGAGGACGAAGAUGAUGAAGACAUCCCACAGUUGGUUCCUAUUCAGACAAAGGGCAAAAAAGCCAAGCUGGAGGGGUCAACCAAAAAAGGCCAGAAGAAGGUGACCAAGCCAUUGGCAGGCAGAGGGGGGAAACAAAACAAAACUGGACCUGGUAAAAUGGCCAAGAAAACAAUGAAAGGCCCUGCACAGAAACAGAAACGAAAAUAGCCCAAAUCCUCUUAAAAACAACCAUAUUUGUUUGUCCUCUUGUUGUCAUUGAAUAAAGACUUGUAACCAGCUGCCAGCCUUUGUUACUAUUUAUGUGACAUGAUGGCAAUCAAUGACCUCUUUGUAAAGAAGCAUGCCAUCAAAAUGCUUUAGGACAUUACACAAUUUCCCAUCCACAUGACAUGGUGCGUACUGUAUGGCCAUAUUAUUGCAAUAGAUGUCAGGACUAAACCUUAAACAGCAGAUGACUGCUGGAUGGACUAAAUGGAGACCCACGUGAAAUGCAGCUGAAUCCAUCUUUUUGUAAUGUUUGUUACGUUUAUUUGCUCUGUAAAUAAUAAAAGACAAUAUAGCCUU